GCAGGCGUCAAUGUGUGAUUCUGGGAACGCGCCCCCAAAGAGCACGGACCUCACUUGACUGGGGUCAAUCCCUAAAACAGCAGAGUGGGAUCGAUGGCCGCGACAAGCCGCCGGGUUCGGUCAGAGUGUGCGUCAAGCGCGCAACACUCAGCGGGCGCAAUCGUUCCUUCGGCCGCGCGCGCGGAACAGGAGCGCACGCGGGAGAGGACGCGUGGCGUCCCCCACGAGGGCAGCGGCGAUGUCGGAGCAGCCUAUAUAAGAGCCUCCAAGAUGCCGCGGAUCCGACAUUCGCGCACUUGCUGCCGGCGCAUGUCAAGACGCGCCUCUGCCGGCGACGCGCGGCCGCGGCUCCGCUCUCGCGCGCUCUCCAGGCUGUAGACGCACGCGUUCCAACGGCAGCCCGGGUCAGAGCCCCCGCGGGAGGACCCGUGUCCCGCCAUGCGCCUCGGCCGACGCGGGUUUCCACACCAGAAGUCGACCAAGGCAGAGUCCCAGGGCGCAGAGGACGCUCCGCGGCGCGGCCAGCGUGUCUGACCGCAGACUGGCGAGCGCGCAGAGCCGCGAGUGACUCCGCGCGAAGUUGGUGGUAUGAGAGCAGCAGACGCGACGGGGGUCUCUCUGGGUUCCGGGUCACCGAGCAAGUAGCCGCCUCCUCCGCGGGCCCGGACGAUGGACACUCUGAGCCUGUCCGUGAACGCGGUGUCGUUCACCGUGGCGGCCGAGCUGCCCGCCACCGACGACCCGUUCAACGCGCCCAUCAGGAACAUCGCGCCGUGGAACUUCACCAUCCUGGCGGUGCUCAUGUUCGUGGUCACCUCGCUGUCGCUGAGCGAAAACUUCCUGGUGAUGUUCGUCACUUUCAAGUUCAAGCAACUGCGACAGCCCCUGAACUACAUCAUAGUCAACUUGGCCAUCGCUGACUUUCUCGUCUCCCUCACCGGCGGAGUAAUAAGUUUCCUGACGAACUCCAGGGGCUAUUUCUUCCUCGGGAAGUGGGCUUGCAUCCUGGAGGGCUUUGCUGUCACUUUUUUUGGCAUCGUAGCCCUGUGGUCACUGGCCGUUCUGUCCUUCGAGCGGUUUUUCGUGAUCUGCCGGCCCCUGGGGAACAUCCGACUGCAGGCCAGGCAUGCGAUCCUGGGUCUGCUGUUCGUCUGGACCUUCUCCUUCAUCUGGACCUUCCCCCCAGUGCUGGGCUGGAACAGAUACACCGUGAGCCGGAUCGGGACCACCUGUGAACCUGACUGGUAUUCAACCAACAUAGUGGAUCACAGCUACAUCAUCACUUUCUUCACCACCUGUUUCAUUUUCCCUCUCGGACUGAUAUUCUUUUGCUAUGGAAAACUCCUCCGGAAGCUCAGGAAGGUAUCUCAUGGUCGUCUGGCCACUGCCAGGAAGCCAGAGCGACAGGUGACCCGCAUGGUGGUGGUCAUGAUUGUCGCUUUCAUGGUGGGCUGGACGCCAUACGCAGCCUUCUCCAUACUGGUCACUGCUCAUCCGACCAUUGAACUCGAUCCGAGGCUGGCUUCCAUCCCCGCCUUCUUUUCCAAGACAGCCACCGUCUACAACCCAGUCAUCUAUGUCUUCAUGAACAAACAGUUCAGGAAAUGCCUAAUCCAGCUCUUCACCGGCAUGGGGACCAUCCCAGACGGCAACAUGAACCAGACCUCCGAGCGACCCGGGAUUACUGCAGAGAGUCAAACAGGAGAAAUGUCAGCGAUUGCAGCCCGCAUCCCCCUGGGUGGCAGUGCAUCACCCAGGUCUGACGAUUCUCAAACCGACUGUGGCUCCUUUGCUCAGCUGCCCAUCCCGGAGAACAAAGUGUGUCCGAUGUAACAGUAGACCUCAUCCCAGUAGGUGUUCUCUUACUGUCCUCGAGAUCACCAGGGCCCAUAAUAACCUUCUGUAAUCUAGAUACUGUUUGGACUUUUACUGAACUUUGGGAGAUGGAGGGCGCAAAACAGAGUAGGCUCUUGAAAGGGUUUUUACGGUGGAUGCUGUAAAGGCAAAAGAAAUUAAGGACAGACACGGAACAUUAAAAAUGUUUUGUGCGCUGACAUGUUUCAGUAGUUUGUUCAAUAUUUGAAAAGGCACAACAGCGGGGACAAGAAGGAGUCUUGAAAAUGCCCAGCUCUUCAUCCACUAGAUAGCUUGUUAAUAUUUGCUUGCUGGACUCCCCAUUGUCCUGAUAUUAGAGAAUAUUUGGAAUGUUCUCGUGACCAUCACUACAAACCUGCUCGUGUGUCACAUCAGAGGGCACUUGAUUCAACUAUAUAGCAUCAGCCUUCGUAUACCCGUGGAAAAAAAAAGAGACUGCUAAAAAUGCAAACCUUGACAUCAGUUAGUAUAGUGCUAGCCAGUUUGGGUUUUUUUUUCCCUUUUCAAAACACCACAAUACAUCCAGCCUUUCAUCUCGUCCUCGCCUUCUCCUUUGAAGCCCUGUGAUGGCGCCUGCAGAGAGAGCGUUGUUUUUCUAUGCUGUUUCAGUACAUUGGCAGCGCGUUCCUCAUUCAUCUCCGCUCGUCAAGAUGACGGAGUGGUCUUCUGAAUCUGGAUACUUUCACCACACUUUAGCCCGCGUAGACUAGAUUGGGUCAAAGCUUUCAUCUUUAGCGAAGAUGGGCAUUGGGACUUCAGGAUGCAGGUCUCCUAGUGUCUCUUUUGCAGAUAUAGGAGGCCGAUGCAACAUAUUCAUGAAGUUCCAUCAGGGGAUAAACAAACAUGCACAGAACCGAGUGGCACACGUACACACACACUACACACAAAGAUUGCAGUACACUGCCUGUAUUAAAACAAGCGCUCUAUAGGCACUGUGGAGACAAAGCACUAAUAAAUGUCUUGGCACAAGAGUAGCUCUACUGAGCAGCCGUGUGCAAAAAUGAGUAUUCCCAUCAUUGGCACAGGUUAACAGCAAAAUUAAAGCUACACUGUCACGCGGUUGAACACUUCGGCGUUAGCUACUGUAGACGCAGCGGUGAGAUGUAAAAUGUCUUCUUCUUGACUUUGUGGUGCAUGUUUGUUCACUAUUACUGGAUAUUUGUCAAAACACUGUAUUCUCUUGAACAGCGAUUCACUGUGUUGAAAAAAGUAACACUGUGGUUUCCGUUUGCAAUGAACUAAGUGUGUGUUCUAAUCGUGUCUGGCACCAUUUAUCAUCUUUGAGCAUCGACGCAUCCGCGUCCAACUAAAUGUGAUGCCUCGUAGUUAGCAAAACAGCACGAGACCACGGUAAAGAAAACUGGCAAGUUAGCUUCUAUCUCACAGACAUGUUUCCCAGAAUUACAAUUUAAUAUUGCUUUGUUUUUAACUAUGGAAACUACAACUUUUUCACAACAUUUUUGCAACUUAAACCUGCACUAAUCAUUGUUUUUCGUAAUCGGUAAGGCUUCUGUGUUCUGUGAAAGAGGCGCUAAUAGACGUAAAACCCAAUUUUUUUUAAUUUGUGAAAAUGACGGCUUUGGCAGUAAAGAACGCACAAGGAGCAGCGUCUUAGACAGUGGAAUAUCGCUGUCAAAUGUUGCAGCAUCAUUUACAGAGGACAUAGUGUGCAGUGUCCGGAUUGAGACGGAGUCAACUUUUGCAACUAGCCAGUCUGGUUAUCUAACUAGCUAGCUUGCAAAGACACUUUGCAAGAUCUAAAUAUUUUUUCUCAAAGGAGGUCAUUUUCAGAUUUACAUAUAUUAAAUGGCCUAAAACAUAACUCUGAACAAAAGCUAAUAUUCUCGAGUUCUCUGUAUGCGAGUGUAAGUUGACAACAUUUGGCUAAAAGCUUAGAAAUAUGUGUGGUGGCAGUUCUUCCCCUCCGACAUAAAAAGUGAACCAAAAAUAAGAAGCUUUCAUCUGUCAUGCACCCUAUUUUGUAGCAUAGGUAAUCCAUCCGAUGUGAAAAUGUCCAAGCCAUAUCUCAUAUUUUUUAAAGCAGUGUAUACAAAAAUGUGUCCGAAUUUGCUGUUACUGUUUGUAAAAGAAAUAUAAUUGCUCUACUCCAGUAUGGCCAUGUUUUGUGUUUCCACAUGAUCAGUGUUACAGUCAACCUCUUCCAAGUUGUCUUGCAAAUGGUCCUCAAUCAAGAGGCUAUCAGUUGAUUGGCUGUUAAGUGUAAACACAACUUGUAAAUGCAUAAUUUGCAAACACUCCCUAGAAGAAAAAAAUAUUUAAACCCGAGUGUUUUUCAGAUAUCUCUCUUGGCCCUGCUGAAUAACGCAAAAAUAUGUAUGAACUUUCUCUGGGAUAAUACAUGCAACCAAUCAAUUGACAUACAAUGGUCAAACAUCAAUCUGACAACGAAGUAUGGCUCGAAUGGUUUGUAGCCUGACCUCUGCAGUAAGGCCAAAUAAGAGUUUUGUUAUAAAUGUACCACGUAAGGUUUUACAUGGGUAGCUCAGCUUUUUUUUUUUUACAUUAUAUGAUAUGACUUAUUGACUGAAAAGGUACAUUAAUGUGUGGACGUGAGCCCAGGCAAGGCACCCCAGUGAGCCAGGGGCUUCAUUCAAAAAUCAUCAUCAGAGGCAGCGACGCCACACGACCAGGAAAAAGAAAAGUUAAUGUUGCGAGAGCCCCUUUACUGCAUGACAGUCUUAGUUUUAGUGUGGGCCAAGGAGCCGGAGUAUUUAGUAAUACACUGGUUUAUUUUAGCAAACAAAAUGGAAUUUUGUGAGGAGAAAUGAGCUGCAGAUAUUGGCACAAGAUGUUCAAUAUUACUUUGUUAUAUCGUUGCUUGAAAUGUGUGUUGGUGUGUAGGGCCAUGUCUUGAUAGGAAAUCUACAACCUCAGCUCUGCCUACCUUUGUAAUGUCUAUUCAUCAAUAGAACAUCUGGUCAGUGACACCUGUCUUCAGUAUCAGAAAGAUGGCAUUCAAACUUUCCCCAGCCUCCCCACCACUUGCACACAUACAUACACUCAGACCCGCUGGGUUGUAGAUACAGUAGGUGUGAAGGGGCUUUUGGAUACAGUGACUUCACCUUGAAGAUCGGACAGGAUAUAAAUCAAACAAACCUGCCAGUGUUACAUUUUGGUGAAAAAAAGACUGCACUGCAUGCUGAUAAAAAGGGGGGGGGGGCACACACUUCUACCAUGUAUAGAUGGGUUAUGGCUCCUAUCUCUCACUUCCCUACCCUGAAUAUCAAGCACCUCUGGUCGUCUGUUGUGUUGUACCUAGAAAGGCAUGUCAAGACUUGUUAUGCUGUAUGUUUUUGUGUCAUGAGUACUUCUGUCUUGACUUUGAUUUACAUGGGUGUAUAGAUCAUAGAUGCACGCUGGUUAUAAAAAAAUGUCUGUAUUAAAAUAUAUUUUUUGAAAAGCAA